GCGCGCGGGGGAGAGGGAGGGGCGUUGUCAUCGAGAUGUCCUUCGACUACAGCUUGGGGAAAAGAGUGUGCAGAUCAGACCAGAGAGCAUCAGAACAGCCACUGGACGCCAGGAAUAUCAGAUUAUUUCUUACAGUUAAAAGACAUACGCAGGUGAAAAUGGGCGUGUCCAGAGUUUUGCUCGGCCUCGCCUACCUCAUUCUAUUGGCUGCUGCUGUGAUGAGUCACGAGGGGGCGUGUCUGCAGGAUGGGAGGCACAAAGCCACGGCCAGUCCAGAGCCCCGUCUGAAGGAGUGUUCGCUCUACAUGGAAAACUCGUGUUGUUCUGAGACGGAUGUCCAGGAUCUCUCCAGCUCUGUGGACAACUCUCUCUGGGAUAAGUGUGGUCUUCUCAGCCCUCUCUGUGAGUCCUUCCUGAAGCGUGUCGUCUGUUUUUAUCGCUGUUCUCCUGACGCUGCUCGCUGGCCACACCCACAUCGUGACUCCUCCCUGAAGGCGGUGCCUCUGUGCCACAGCUUCUGCAGAGACUGGUACGAGGCCUGUAAACUGGAUCUGACGUGCGCUCGAGACUGGACCACUGACCCAAGAGGACAAAACUGCACCGGCGGCUGUGUGCCUUACCAACAGAUGUAUCAGCACGGGCGAGACCUCUGCGAGAGUCUUUGGGGAGACGCUUUUAUGACGGUCGAAGACGACCCCGGGGAAGAAGACGGGGUCGAAGGUCCUAGCUGCGGCUGUCUGACUCUCAGCGCCUCCGAUCGGGAGGUGAUUGCGGCCCUGAGGGUUCAGGAAGGAGACCCCGAAGAACUGGACACCACCAAGAGUGGCCUGCCACAGUACAGAGCGCCCUGCCCUCCUGCGCAGCCUCAGACACGCAGCGCCACAGCGCCACCACAGGCCCGGAGGAGCAGCGGCAACUCCGUACUGCGCAAACGCUCCGUUUUGACCACUGAUAUGGAAGGCAGCGGGAGCGGCUUCUAGAACAUUUGUGUUCUAGAUCUGCUGAAUGUUUGUUCUGUUUUAUCUUAUCAGUUGAAUUUAAAGUAAACUAAUACAGUGAGCUUUCUACUGUAAUUCUAUUGUCUAUUUAACACAGUCAACAAAACAAUCCUGUAUAAACUAAAACUACUUCUGUAAAUUCAAAUUCUGCUUAUUUUAACCUGUUAAUGGCAACAUGAAAAGUUGAAUUUAGGUCUGAACCUCACUGAAUAUUUGGUAACACUUUACAAUAAGCAUUAGUGCACUACAUGAACGAACAAUGAACAAUACUUCUAUAGCGUUUAAUAAUCUUAGCUAAUGUUAAUCUCAGCAUUUACUUAUAUAUUUUUUAAAAUGAAAAGUUGUCUGGUAACAUUAGUUAAUGCUCUAACCCUAACAUGAACAAACAACAAAUAACUGUAUUUUUAUUAACUAACAUUAACAAGGAUUUAUAAAUGCUGUACAAAAUAUAUUGCUCAUUGUUAGUUCAGGUUAGCUAAUGCAUUAACUUCACUUGGAAAUAUGUCAAAUUACAUCAAGAAAAUGGGUUGCGAAUUUUGUUUUGUGUUGAGUUGAACUGUUUAUUCAGUGUGUUUUUGUAUGUGCCCACUGCAUGAAAGCACAUCAUUACAUAUAAAAUAUUAUUAUGGAUUUUUUUUUUUUUUUUUGGCUCAGUUUAGACUUAAAUGUAGCUGUUGUCGCUUGUUUGUACAACUGUGAUAUUUCAUCAUAAUCGCAACAUAUGGAAGUAUGGAUAAUGUCUCAUAUCCUCUAACAAUACAUUAUCAUACACACGUAUAGUCGACACUUUAUAUUUCACACAGUCAUAUGUGUAAUUUAUGUCUGUGUGUUAAUGUUUUGAGUAAAUUACUUUAUUAGUGAAAACAGAUGAUUCAGCGGUCAUUUACUCUUAAGUAUUUAUACUGACGUAUAUAAAAAUAAUGUUGUAAAGAAAAACUAUGAGAGAGCACUGUAAAAUCUGUUUGACUAGUUAAGAAUGAGUGUACUAGUUGACUGUUUAACAGUUAACGCGAGGAUAUGUUUGCUCUGUUUGUAUGUAAAUGGAUGGUCAGUGUGAGCAAUUUGAUGUUUCUGUAUUUUGUGGCUGCACUGAGUAGACGUGUUUCUCUCCUGAUCUUAUUUGUCUUUAAUUCAUACAUAAACAAAAUUGGAAUUUG